AUGGUGCUGACAUCUGCUUCUUCUAAGCAGUUUCUAUUGCUGGAACUGAUAGUCCCUUGGGAGGACCAGAUGGAAGCAGCCAAUGAGCACAAGCAGCAUAAGUAUCAGGAGCUCAUAGUCAAGUCCUGGAGGAGGGGUUGGAGGGCUCGCUGUGAACCCAUUGAGGUGAGAUGUGCUGGGAGUUCACUUGCAAAAGAUUUUUGUUCACCAAAUGUGAACAUUUAUGCUGAGCUUGAGAAACUGAAUGACAUGGACAAAAGGAUACAAAAAUUAGAAGAAAAACUGGCUAAAGUAUUGAGUGAGAAUGAAGCUUUGAAACCCCUAUUACAAGACUCACAAAAUAAGCUUAAAUCUUUGCAAAAGGAGAAUGAAGACAAAAAGGUUGCCUUUUCUGCUGGACUUCUGGAAUCUGGAACUGGACACACUGGGCCCUUUAAUUCUGUGAUAACUCUGGUCUACAAAAAAGUAUUUAGCAAUAUCGGAGGUGCCUAUGACUCGAAAACUGGUGUUUUCACAGCACCAGUGAAAGGAGCCUAUUACUUCAAAUUUUACGGUCAUGGUCAUGGUGGAACAACAAUGGCAGUCAGUCUCUUGAAGAAUGGUAAAACCCAGUGCUCAGUGUUUGCUUGGAAGCCUACCUCCAAUGGUAAUGGCAGCAAUGGUGUUGUUCUCACACUGGAGAUCGGUGAUCAGAUUUCUACACAACUUUGGGCUAACACCUGGGUUUAUGAUGAUCCAGCAAGUUACACCAGUUUUGGUGGUUUUCUGAUUUUCCCCCUGUGAAUUUCUGAAUUUUGUAUAACCCAUAUCUAGCGCAGGAUGCAAAAUGAAA